AUGCGCCCUCUACCCCUACUCCUCGCGCUCGUCUCAGCGCCCAUGGUAGGCCUCGCCGCGCCAACCGAGUACAACGAUAGAGACAUCGAGAAGCGGGAGAACCUCUGCCACCUCAAGGAGCCGCCGGAGAUUUGCAAGCCGGAUCCGACGGUGACGGUGGAGGAGACGGCGCGUCGCGCGUAUGCGUUUUACCGCGCGUUCGUGGUGGACGGCGAUCCGAGGAAGAUGUUCUCGCUCAUCGACUCCGUGUAUAAGCAAAACUCCCCCGGUUACGCGAGCGGGCCGAACGCCAUCUGGCCGCUGUUCUGCAACGGUAGGAAGAUUGGCAGCGAGGCGAGCACGGCGUGGUGCUUCGAUGCCAGCACAAACAUGUCGUACGCGCGAUACUCGGUGACGGACAGGUGGCGCUGGGUUGAUGGCUGUGUUCAUGAGCAUUGGGAUCGAAAUGAGAAGAUUCCGUCGCAGGAUAAAUGCGCCAAGUUGCCGCCUGCUAACGGAACGACGUUCUGAUGAUUCUAUGUACCCCGUACGGAUGCGCAUGCCCACUGAGAGGGAAGCUCUCUAGGUGUUGGUGUACAGAUUGGUAAAAGGAGCAGGCUGUAUCAAUGGAUAAGUUCUCGGGUUUCGACAUAAGUGGGACGCUUGGAAUAUACGGAAUACUCUUCAUCUUUGCACAGAGAAUCUAAAUAUACCUGAAGAAGUGCCGGUCAACUCGCUAACUGUGUGACAGCCAAGUAUGUUGCGUGUAUGUGUGACCAAACGAGACAUGAUCAGGUGUUACAGUGACGCAUCGAAACAUCUCGGUUACCGUGACAUUUAUGGGAAGACGAAGGAGAAACAGAACACAAAAGAUGGGUCCCAACAGCACAGAUGGUGAUAUCUUCAUGUCAAUGUCUGCUAUUAGUUACUGGUAAAAGUGAAUGGAAUGGGAUUGUGUUGGUGAUGCCAAGAGAUAUAAAUGAGCUCAA